CGGAUAGGCUCAUUGGAUUUUUAGUAUCUGUAUUAUAUAAUAUCGAUACAUUUUCCCGUGCCGUACUUUCACGAAAUCAUCCGUUGUAUGUAUAGUAGCGAUUGCAUAAUGAUGAAUACUACGUAUUUCUGACCGAAUAUAGAUUGAUUACGGUAUCAUGUAGAUUAGGUCUGUUGCGUGAUAAGCUCGAACAAAUUUACAGUACACUUCUUCGAAGAGACGCUUUUGCUGUAUAUCUAUCAGCAUUCUAUUACUUGAAGUGUACUCGAGUAGUGAAUAUAGUUUAUAGUUUUGUAGAUCAGUAGACUUGUAAUUCGCGUAUCGUAGAUUCCAUUCCAGACGCUUGAAACAAGCGAUUCUUCCGAGAGUUCUUUGUAUAUAAAAUGAAGAACUCUAAAUAUAGUCUUGGUUCUCAAAAUGAAAAUGAGGAUGAAACAUCAGAUGAAUUUCCGGAGGUCGACCAUAUUGGUCUUUACACAUUGGGCAUGUAUUUCAUUUUGAGCACGCCACUGAUACUAUCUGCUGCCCGAGGAUUAGGCUACGUUUUUACAACCGCACCAGUCAGUUACAGGUGUUUGGCAAAAGAGUGCGAAAAUCCCGGGGAUACUACUUUGCAUCCGUUAUGGUUACCAAACGCAGUUCCUUACACCGAUGGGAAACCGGCGACAUGUAGCCGGUUUACUGUACAGAAUGUUACGGACUCGUGCUUAACGACUGUUUUCACCAACGAUACCGAACCUUGUGAUGCCUGGGUGUAUGACCCUGAAGAGAUAACUAUUCUUAACGAAUGGGAUCUCACUUGUGAUAAUAACUUGUGGAAAUUGACGUUGCCAGGAACGAUAAAUAAUUUUGGCCAGUUUCUUGGUUUGACACUUUGCGGUCAUCUUUCGGAUAAAUACGGCAGACGGAACCUGUUGGUAGUUGCUACACUAAUGAGCUCGAUUUUCGGAUUGAUACGGUCCUUUUCGUUUAACUACUGGAUGUUCAUUACUUUCGAGUUCCUAGAUGCAUUCUCGGGCUCGGCCGUGUACAGUGCUGCGUUCGUGCUAGGGAUGGAGCUUGUUGGACCAAAAAAAAGAGCACUGGCAAGCAUUCUGACUUGCACCAUGUAUAUCGUGUUUGUGGUUUUCUUGGGGUUGUUCGCCAUGUGGUUUCGAUCUUGGCGGGUUCUGCUCCGGAUCUUUUACACAGCAGGAUUGUUUGCACUAUUCUUACCUUUCAUAGUGCCCGACUCUGUAAGAUGGCUGUUGAGCAAAGAAAGAAUUGAAGAGGCUGAAGCUGUUUUACGGAAAAUCGCGGCUGGUAAUAAAAUAGAAAUCUCCGAAAAGUCAAUACUAUUGAUAAGGAAUUGGAAGAACAAAAAUCACGACAAGGUCGACACAACUAACCCUCCAGACGUUUCUGCGGCGCGACAAGUUAUUGGCAACAGGACCGUUUUGAUUCGAUUGAUCAUUUGCACUUAUUGCUGGGUGGCUAACGUAUUCGUUUACUACGGAUUGUCAUUGGGUUCGAUCUAUGUGCCCGGAGACAAGUACAUCAAUUUUAUUUUGGUGAGCCUGGUUGAAAUUCCGGCUCUAUUUGUUGCGUGGAUCCUCGCAGAUUACCUUGGACGCAAACCGACGCUCAGCCUAACUUUUUUUUUGAGCGGAAUAUUCUGCAUCAUCACAAUCUUCAUUCCUGCAGAUUGGGGGUAUCUUCCACUAAUUGUCUUCUUGUGUGGUAAGUUCUGCAUCACGACUGCUUACCACUUGAUAUACAUGUACACAACGGAGAUGUUUCCUACGUCACUUCGUCACUCACUUCUCGGCCUGUGCAGUAUGGUUGGACGUAUCGGGUCUAUGUCAGCUCCGCAAACGCCAUUGCUAGCCCACUAUAUGAAGUCGCUACCUUUCAUAUUAUACGGGGUGAUGGGCAUCUCAGCGAGUUUUUUGUCCUUGAGCUUUCCGGAAACAUUGGGGAUAAAGCUUCCGGACACUGUCUGUGAAGCUGCGAAAAUCGGUGAAGCAAGGAAGAAAGAGCGAUCAGACAGCCGCGUUAUCUGAAAUAAUAUAAAUCUAUGAAACGUAGUAUCUUUACUCUUGAUGAUCUUAUACAAAAUAUCGAUAAUCUGUUAGUUGUAGGACAGUUGGAGAUAAUAUAAUUAAUGCUAUCUUAAAUCGUAUUGCAAGACAACAAAUGAUGGGAAUCAUUAUACAGUAAUUCUAGACCGCGUUACCAUGCUGUAAAAAUCUUUGUUUCCAUUAGUGAACAAAUGCUUAAUUAGAUAUAAAAUGUAACCUACUUUGCAUUGUGGAUGUUUUCUCAAGAAUUAGCUUGCUGAGACGUCUGGUUAAUAAGUUUUUACAAUCUGUUUGAUAUCCUUAUCAACUUACAUUUGGACAUAGUAUCAUCCAGUAUCAGCCACUUAUGAUUAUUUGAUUAACGUAAUAACUUUUCGUAUCAACAGGUUUUAGAUAAUUAGAAUUUAAAAUUAUUUAAUCACACAAUUAGAACUCACAUUGUCUAUGCGAAAACCCAUUUAACAUGGGAAAAAGAUCUGAUCAUAUUUAAUGUAUCUUAUAAAUAUUGAGAAGUUGACAAUAAACUUAUCGUUAUUGUA